CCUUUCGUUAUAAACUGUUAGCAUCCUGAUUUUUAACUACAAUUCCCUACAACGCAUCCCCGUGUCUCGCCUUAAAAAGCUGCUUUAUAAAGAAGUUGUUUUUGCUGCAGCGCUUGAUCUGGAUCUCCGGACUGACAAGGUGGAGACUUACGUGAGAGGAGCCGCAACGCGACUCGUUUGCUCACCUGUUCGACGUACCAUCUGGACCUGUUCUACCCUUCUGUGAAGAUAUUGUCCGGUAUAUCGGAGAAAUUGAUGCCCCAAAGCUCUUAUAUAGAGAUAAAGUAUCAAAUAAGUCGGAUGGUAAGAUAAGAAAUUUCAGCUGAAGACUGCUUUUGCUGAAGAAGUGGUCAGCAGCCUUAUGUUGUGCAGGGAAGAUGAAAGACCUUGACUUAGGAAAGGACUACUUGAGUGUGGGCCCAGGGUAUCGCACCGUGCCCAGUGCAGAUGCUCCACCGGGCCCAGAGACCGACUCGUAUCAGCUCUCCAAGGUGCAGGAUGCCUUGGAGACAGCUGCGCGGGCGGAGGGAGGCCUCCCUCUGGAAGGAGGAAGCACCACCCACCUGAACGAGGAUGAGGAGGAGGUGAUUGGCUGGAGGAAGUACCAGCAAACCGUGAACAUGCUGAAGCCCUUUCGCACCACCAGCAAGCACCAGCACCCAGUGGACAAUGCUGGCCUUUUCUCCUUCAUGACCUUGUCCUGGCUAACGCCCCUUGCACUGAAGGCCUACCGGCAGGGCCAGCUACUCCUGGGGGAUGUGUGGCCUGUCUCACACUGGGAGAGUGGAGAGACUAACCGUAAGAGGCUGACGGCACUCUGGGAGCAGGAGCUCCAGGUGUGCGGGGCGCAGGCCUCUCUGUGCCGUGCGGUUUGGACCUUCUGCCGCACACGACUGCUGCUCUCCAUCGUCUGCCUCAUGGUCACGCAGCUGGCAGGCUUCAGUGGUCCAGCCUUCGUGGUGAAGCGGUUGCUGGAGUACACGCAGCGGGCCGAGCCGGACCUGCCCUACGGCCUGCUUCUGGUGCUGGGCCUGCUGGCCACAGAACUGGUGCGAUCCUGGUCCCUGGCCCUCACUUGGGCCCUUAACUAUCGCACGGGCACGCGCCUGCGAGGUGCUAUCCUAACCAUGGCCUUCCACAAGAUCCUGCGACUGCGGAGCAUGAAGGACAAGUCCAUGGGCGAGCUGAUCAACCUGUGCUCCAGUGAUGGACAGAGGAUGUUCGAGGCAGCCGCCGUGGGUAGUCUUCUCGCUGGAGGGCCGCUCAUCGCCGUGCUGGGGAUGAUCUACAACCUGGUCAUCCUGGGGCCCACAUCCCUGCUGGGCUCUGCCGUCUUCAUCCUCUUCUACCCUGCAAUGAUGUUCAGCUCAAGACUGACGGCCUACUUCAGGAGGAAAGGCGUGACCAUGACGGACCGGCGUGUGCAAAAGAUGAACGAGAUCCUCAACUCCAUCAAGUUCAUCAAGAUGUAUGCCUGGGUCAAAGCCUUCUCUCAGGAAGUGCGCCGCAUCCGUGAGGAGGAACGUAAGAUCCUUGCAUGGACUGGAUACUUCCAGAGCAUCACAGUGGGUGUGGCUCCAGUCGUCGUGGUAGUAGCCAGUGUUGCCACCUUUUCCGCCCAUAUGCUCCUGGGGUAUGAUCUCACUGCAGCCCAGGCAUUUACCGUGGUGACCGUCUUCAAUGCCAUGACAUUUGCGCUCAAGGUCACACCCUUUUCUGUCAAGUCUCUUUCUGAGGCGUCUGUGGCCAUGGAGAGGUUUAAGAGUCUGCUCAUGAUGCCGGAGGUGGAAAUAAUCCAGUCGUGCCCACAGCGCCCUCAUGUGGCUGUCGAACUCAGCAGUGCCAGCUUCGCAUGGGAGACCAGUGGGCACAGUGCCCAGCCCACACCACGGGGCACUCCCUCGGUGGGCUUAACCCAGAGGCGCAGCCAGAAGUCUUCAGAGAAGCUGGAAGUGGGGAAGCAGUCAGAGGAUCCUGGCAGACAGCUCCUGGCUGAAGGCGAACCGGCCGGUCCCGAGGGCGAAGCUACGCCUAUCCCCACAGUCAGCCAGCGGCUCCAGAGGACCCUGCACUGCAUCGACCUCUCUGUGCCCAAGGGCCAGCUGGUGGGCAUCUGCGGCAGCGUGGGCAGUGGAAAAACAUCCCUCAUCUCUGCCAUUUUGGGCCAGAUGACUCUGUUGGAGGGCUCAGUGGCUGUAAAUGGAGACUUUGCCUACGUGGCCCAGCAGGCCUGGAUUCUCAACACUUCGCUGAGAGAUAAUAUCCUGUUUGGGAAGGAUUAUGAUGAAGAGAGAUACCAGACGGUGAUUAGCUCCUGCUGCUUGAGACCAGACCUGGCCAUCUUGCCCUGUGGAGACCUCACCGAGAUCGGGGACCGUGGAGCCAACCUCAGUGGGGGGCAGCGGCAACGCAUCAGCCUCGCCCGGGCCCUGUACAGUGACCGCGCCAUCUACAUCCUGGACGAUCCGCUUAGUGCCCUUGAUGCCCACGUGGGGAACCACAUCUUCAACAACGCCAUUAAGAAGCAGCUGCGUCAGAAGACCGUCCUCUUCAUCACCCAUCAGCUACAGUACCUGGUGGACUGCGACGACGUCAUCGUCAUGAGGGAUGGCAGUAUCACCGAGCAGGGGACGCAUGACUUUCUCAUGCGGCUCAACGCCGAUUACGCGGCCAUGUUCAACAGCCUACAGCUGGGGGAGGCACCCUGCGUCGAGGUGACGAAAAAGACCUCCGGAAACUCUCUGAAGAAACCUCCAGAGAAAAAGGCAGGAUCAGUGAAAAAGGACACACCCGUCAACAAGGACAGCGGUCAGCUGAUGCAGGUAGAGGAGCGUGGGCGGGGCUCAGUGCCCUGGUCGGUCUACAGGGUGUAUAUGACGGCAGCGGGCGGCCCGCUGGUCUGUCUGCUCAUCCUGGCUCUUUUCAUGGUCAACGUGGGGAGUACGGCUUUUAGCAACUGGUGGCUCAGCUACUGGAUCAAACAGGGCAGCGGGAACGCGACAUUGUGGCAGGGGAACAGCUCUGUGGUGAGUGACAGUAUGAAGGACCAUCCUCUGAUGCACUACUAUGCUGCCAUCUACGCGCUUUCCAUGGGCGUCAUGCUCCUUAUUAAGGUGGUUCGUGGGAUUGCCUUUGUCAAGUGGACUCUCCGAGCAUCCACCCAGCUCCAUGAGGAGCUGUUCCGGAAAAUUCUACGCAGCCCCAUGAAAUUCUUCGACACAACGCCAACAGCCCGCAUCCUCAACCGUUUCUCUAAGGACAUGGAUGAAGUGGACACCCGCCUCCCGUUCCAAGCAGAGAUGUUCAUCCAGAACGUGAUUCUGGUCUUCUUCUGCCUGGGCGUCAUCAGCAGCGUGUUCCCCUGGUUCCUGGUAUCUGUGGGCCCCCUGGUCAUUCUCUUCACGGUGCUGCACAUCGUCUCUCGCAUCUUCAUUCGGGAGUUGAAGCGCCUGGACAACAUCACGCAGUCACCCUUCCUGUCGCACGUGACCUCCAGCAUCCAGGGCCUCACUUCCGUGCAUGCUUACAACAAAGGGGAGGAAUUCCUGAACAGGUAUCAGGAGCUGCUGGAUCAGAACCAGGCCCCAUUCUACCUGUUCAGCUGCGCCAUGCGCUGGCUGGCCGUGCGUCUAGACCUGAUCAGCGUGGCUCUGAUCAGCAUCACUGCGCUGAUGAUGGUGCUCAUGCACGGGCAGAUCUCCCCCGCGUACGCCGGCCUGGCCAUAUCCUACGCUGUGCAGCUGACUGGGCUGUUCCAGUUCACCGUGAGGCUGGCGUCUGAGACUGAGGCUCGCUUCACCUCUGUGGAGAGAAUUCACCACUACAUCCAGUCCCUGGCCUUGGAGGCUCCUGCCCGAAUCAAAAACAAGGCCCCCCCGACAGACUGGCCCCAGGAAGGCGAGAUCGUGUUUCAUGACACAGAGAUGAGGUACCGAGACAAUUUGCCGCUGGUUCUGAAGAAGCUUUCCUGCACCAUCCGGCCGAAAGAGAAGGUCGGCAUCGUAGGUCGAACUGGCUCAGGGAAGUCCUCUCUUGGCGUGGUGCUCUUUCGCUUGGUGGAGCCUUGUGGCGGCACCAUCCGGAUUGAUGGCAUCAACAUCUGUGACAUUGGUCUGGCGGACCUACGCAGCAAGAUGUCCAUAAUCCCACAAGACCCUGUGCUUUUCAGUGGGACUGUCAGGUCUAACUUGGACCCUUUCAACCAGUAUGCAGAGGACCUGAUUUGGGAUGCUCUGGAGAGGACACACAUGAAAGAAUGUGUUGCCCAGCUGCCGCUGAAGCUGGAGUCCGAGGUGCUGGAGAAUGGAGAGAACUUCUCGGUAGGAGAAAGGCAGCUUCUGUGUGUAGCGAGAGCCCUGCUGAGACAGUGUAAGGUGCUGAUCCUGGAUGAGGCCACUGCUGCUAUGGACACGGAGACAGACUCGCUGAUCCAGGAGACAAUCCGUAGUGCUUUUCUGGAUUGCACCACGCUGACCAUCGCACACCGGCUGCACACUGUGCUGAACUGUGACCGAGUCAUGGUGCUCAAUCAGGGACAGGUGGUCGAGUUUGAUGAGCCGUCUAAACUUCUGGCCAAUGAAAAUUCUCGAUUCUGUGCCAUGCUGGCAGCGGUGGAGAACAAGAUCUCCGUGAGAGGCUAAGACUGACGUCGGGUGGAGACCCGCACUGGAGAGGGCUCAAAGUCCCCUCCACGCCCUCCCAGAUGCUCCAGCCCUGGCCUCAGCUCCGACUGCACACCUGUAUGGACACCUGCAGUACAAGGCACUGCUAGUCAGGGGUGCUGUGCUGAGCUUGGCGAGGCCCUUAGACGUGUGCUGGGGCCGUCCUGGGAGAAGCCUGCUCAGAAAUCAUUCUUGGCUCAGAUGGUCAGGGAUCAACUGGUACUGAACAAUAGAGCUUUACAUGUGUAGCUAUAAUCAUUUAAAAGGGUCUGUUUUAUAGGAUAUCUAUCUAUAUGCACAUAUUUACUGUGGAGAGGAUGUAUGCCGGGUUUAUUUUGUACUGACUUUGUAUGUAAAACAUCACUGUAUGACAUGUUAGUAUAUUUUCAUAUGUGUGUACCUGUCAUUGUAGUCUGAUCUUAAACCGUUCAACGAUUUAAUGGUGUUCAGAGCUCUGUGAUGCUUUUGUCAUGUGACUCAAACCCUGGACCCUGGCUAGGGUGAUGUGCGCACAUGCGCAGAGGUGUUGUUCAGGUGGUUAAGCCACACAAACCUGUGUUCCUUCAGCUCCACGCACAUUUCAAAUUAGCUGCUGGAAGCCUGCUUACUCCAAGGCAGGGCUAUCAAAUUCCAGUCCUGGGAGGCCUGAGCCCUCCACAUUUUUGGGGUUCCCCUCAAUUAUCAUCACACCCGAUUCACCUCCUUGAGUUAAUUAAUACACAGCUCUUGAGCUGAAUCAUUUGUGGUGGAUCAGGGGAAAAAACUAAAGCUACGCAGGGCUCCAGCCCCCCAGGACUGGAGUCUGACACCCCUGUUCUAGAGCUCCCCCAGCUGGUGGGUUAGGGCUCUCUAAAAGUGUGUGAUGUCAGGACCUUAACCCAGGGCUGCCAUCUACUACCAGGCUUCAGCCUGGGAAACUGCUGUAACAACAGCCCUCUGGUGGACCUUACAGUGUGUGUGUGUGUGUGUGUGUGUGUAUGCACACGCGUGUGUGUGUGUGUGUGUCUCUGUGUAUUUCCUAGUUUUAUUGCCUUAGCAUGAUGCGUUAAGCGCAUUGAAGAGGCAAGAAGGGAGCAGAUGUCUCUUUAAGAUAUGUUAAUAAACCUAUUUUAUGGA